CUAGAGCAAUUAAGCGGGCUAUUAUUUACGAGAAAGAAACUAGGAAAAUAUUUUCUGCUAGACCGUUUUGAUUGGAGAGAGCAACGUUCUGUGACACCAAAACACAUUUCUUCGGAAUUUCUUUGGCGCCCUCAUGAAUGAAAUUACCGUACAGGGCGGAGAGCAUAAAAGGAUGAUGGUGGUGCCUCAUCGGCUCAUUUUGUUGAAAAUGUCCGUGCAGAGCAGCAGCACGUUCAUCCUGGUCGCCAGUCUUGUCAGCGGUCUUUUGUGCUGCUCGGAGAACAGCGCGGCCCAGAAUAUUAGAGUGGACAGGCGCGACGCUGCAGCGGCCAGAAGGACCGACUUUUCCGAUGCCUACUACUACAGAGGCGCCCAGAGGCAGCGGAUGGAGGAAAGGCCGCACCACCAAGACCCUGGACAGGAGUCCCAGUAUGACAUGUACGGCAACACAGAUGAGGAUGAGAAUUACGAGUAUGGAAAUGAGGAGGAUAAUUACGAAAACCAACAGAGACCACUUCAGAAAAGGGCUGAUUAUUCAAGAGAGCCCUCUAAAAUGGAAACUUCCGCGUCAUAUGCACAGCCGGUGAAGAGCGAACGCUCAGGACACUACGGCACCUACAAAAGCGGUUACGGCUCCAGUUACACUAUUACCCUGCAGCCAGGAGCCAUUGCCAUUACCUGCACCGUCAAGGACCCCCUGGAGCAUAUUGUGUGGCUGCGCUCUUUAUGUCCGGACGACUACGACAGAGGUGAUGUGGUGGCCAAGGGCGCGGUGUCCAACUUCCCGGAUGUCUUCAGCGUCUCCGUGUCCGGUGCUGAUGGCGAGUUCACGUCGACCUUGUCCAUCGAUAAGCCCAGAUCGCAGAUGGGCGGUGGAGUAUUCAGAUGUGAAGCGUGGCCGCAUCACCAUGGAGAAAAGAGGCACCGCCGUCAGGUAGAGGGCGAGGGCAGGGCAGGUAGAGGUCACCACGACCCUUGGAAUGCCAUCAUCGUUGGAGGGGCAGAAAUGGUGAACGAGUGCUUCUAUGGUGGUGGAUACGGAGACAAGUAUAGGCAGUUCAGGGCGAUGGGCAGAAAUGUUGACCAGUCAGGCAACAUGAUUCCUAUGGAGACUCCAAAGUCCGUUGGUGCAGAGAUUCCCUCUCAGCAGCCCUCUCAAGUGCCAGUCGCUCCCGCGAGCAGCAAUUUGUUUCCCGAGUUCGGCCAGCCUGACUACGACGAAUUGCUGAAACUGCUGCAGGUGGAAGGUAGUCAAGUGCCCGCCGCCGAUUUGGCCGCAACCGAUCUCUCUCCAGUGCCUCAGAUCGAUGACAGAGACCAGCGACACGCUUAUCCUGAGCACUACCAGAGUCAAUAUCCUGCGUAUGAAGAGACUCGGAACCAUGGCCAACCAGUGAUGCACUACCAGUCCAGGAAGGUGAACGUCCAGUCUGGAACUGGGAACGUGAGAGCCGACGUUGAGCUGUCUACCGGUGUGCAGGUGCAGCCAUCACGGACAGCCUACAGUCGGACAAUCGAGGUCCAGGGAGAACCAGAAAUGUAGUUCUCUAUCGUCGGCUCAAACUCUUGUUUCUAAUUUAUUUUUGUAGAUAGCAUUGUUUGGAUAAAAACUAAGCAUUUUUUCCAUUUUAAAA